AUGGUGGUUUGUUGUUUAUGUCGUAAUGCCCUCUUCCUCUCUCCUCUGCGGCUGAGGGGCCCUGCAACACGACGACUGCAGCAGAAGCGGCAGCAGCUGCUGCAGCAGCAAGCAGAGCAGCAAACCCCUUAUCCUAAGCCAGGAGCAGCAGCAGCAGCAGCAGCAGCAGCAGCAGCAGAGGAAGACAGCAUCAAUCCUUCUUUCUUUGAUGAUUCUGAUGAUCUGUAUCCUUCGCAGCAGCAGCACAAGCAGCAUCAGCAGCAUCAGUAUGACAAGCAGCAGCUGCUGCAGCAGCAGUUGCUGCUGCUGCAGCAAAGGGGGCCCCCCAAGCGAGUGGGUACUGGCAGCUACUUAGACCCCAUGAGGGCCCCCCAGGCAGUUGAGGGAUUUAAUUCUGCCUAUAAAGAAUUCAUAAAUACUCAUCAGCAGCAAACUAGGCAGCAAAUUGUUAAUAGACUUAUUCAACAUAGAAGACAGCAGCAGCAGCAGCAGCAGAAACAGCAGCAGCAGCAGCAGCAGCAGCAGCAGCGGCAGCGGGGGUCUGCAUCCAAUGGUAUUUGUCCUGAGAGUGCCGCAGACGCAUCGCCUCCGAAUAGAACAGCAGCAGCAGCAGCAGCAGCAGCAGCAGCAGGCACUGCAGCAGCAGCAGGAGGAGGAACUGCACCAGCAGCAGCAGCAGCAGGAACUGCAGCAGCAGGAGGAGGAACAGCAGCAGCAGGAGGAGGAUCUAGUUUGCCUUUUGCCUUAGCUGAGGUGUACGUACACCACGAGCAGCAGCUAAGAAGUGUCGCCCCUCGUCCGCAUGCAUUUCGUGAGGCUUGUGUGCAGGAGUUUGCUGCUGCUGCUGCUGCUGCUGCUAAUCCUUUAUAUCCAUCUACUAUCCCCUUAGAUCAUCUUCCUGCUGCUGCUGCUGCUGCACCGCUGCAGCAGAAGCUGCAGCACAUAGGCAAGCUAAUUAAUGUCCCUGCCCUCCCUUAUAUUGAGGCAGAGACACAGGAGACACUUGCUGCUCUUGACAGCGCAGCAGCAGAAGAAGAAGCAGCAGCAGCAACAGAUGCAGCAGCAGACACAGCAGCAGAAGGAGCAACAGAAGCAGCAACAGAAGCACCAAUAGAAGCACCAACAGAUGCAGCACCAAUAGGGGGUACCCAAGAUGCGGGGGGCCCCCAGGGUACUGGGGGCCCCCUUUAUAGUGAGGGUUUAGGGUACGACAGUUUUUAUGGGGCCCCACGUAGGCCAUGGGAGGUAGCAGCAGCAGCAGCAGCAGCAGCAGCACCAAGUAUUAGGAUUAGUAGACCAAGAGAGGGGUUAGAUAAUGGGUGGGGUGACGAUCCCGAUCCUGAUCCCAGAGACGAUCCCGAUCCCGGAGACGAUCCCAGAGACGAUCCCAGGAGGAGGCGGAGUGUGGGGCGACGGGGACGAAGAGGUGCAGCAGGAGCAGCAGCAGGAAGAGAAUCAGCAGCAGAAGAGGCAUACCUUGCUCCUUUUAUUGAUGAGGAAUUAAAGGGAGAAGAGGAAUAUAAGGAAGCAUGGAGAAUAUCUUGUGGUUAUGGGUUAUUAUUGCUAUUACUUGGCCGUAGGCAUUCUGUAUUAGAGAGUUAUUGGUCAUGUAGAUUAAGAAGUUGUUUAUUUGAUGUUUCUUAUAAGAGGGUUUUAUUAAUAAAAGGAAAAGAUAAUAUUUCUUUCUUAGAUCUUAUUCUUUCUUGUUAUCUACAUGGACAAGUUAAGUAUGGAGAGGCGUGUGCGUCAUUAAUAUUAGAUACAAAGGGUUUAAUAAUAGAUAAGUGUUUUGUACUAAAAGGCAAAACCCUAAUGGAGGUUUGGAAGAGUGGUUUAGAUGUUUCUCUUUGUCAUUCACCUAAGACAUGCAUCUUAUCCCUCCAAGGCCCGCAGGCAAUGCAACGAUUUGUGCAGCAAAUAGAGGCACAAAUCAGGAAACAGUCGAAUGCCCAUCCCCUGUCGCCAAUUGUGCGCUUUUUUGUCUACAGCAGCAGCAGCGACAGCAGCAGCAGCAGCACCGACAGCAGCAGCGACAGCAGCAGCAGCAGCAGCAGCAGCAGCAAGAAGUAUAGUAUAAGUUGUGUUCGUGGUGGUAGUACAGGAGAGGAUGGCAUUGAAUUUGCUGCAGAAGAAGAACCAGCUAAUCUACUUAUUCAGUAA